CAAAUUUUCUAAUAUUUCCUUUUUACCCUUCUUCUUCCAAGCAAAAACCUAGCUUCCUCUCUCUGACCACCUCCUCCCUAAACCUUCACCGCGUGCGACCACCACCACUCACCCCCUCUUCCCUCCUUGUCGCACUUCCACCUCCUUCCACUAGAUCCACGCGCGUCACCCAACCAUUGACAUCUUCAAUCGUGCGACGUAGUCACCUCCGCAUCACCAAGAUCUGCACACGCGACCGCUGCCACCUCCCUCCGCCGCGCGCGCAAGCCCCCUGCACACCAGAUUCGCGUGCAACUUCACCUCGUUACCUCCGAGAUAUAGAUUGCAGAUUCGGAAUUGGUCUUGGUUUGGUUGGCUGUCUCAUUACUAAAAUAAAUACAGAAUGAGUGCAAGCAGUUUGGUAGCAGAGACAAUAUGGAAGGAAAUUGAAUCUACACCCACAGUGAAUGAUGAUCAUCUUUGGAGUUUGCAUUUCUUGUUUGGCAAGAACUUUGAGGGAGCCACUAGAAUUGUUGACCUAAGAGGUGUCAGCAAGAUAUCUGCUCACCCCAGUGGAAGGUUUAUCUUUCAGGUUACAGGUGAAUCCCAAAGAAAAGACCAGUAUCUUUGUUUUGCUGAAAACUUUUGCGCUUGUUAUUCAUUCUUCUAUGAUGUUGUCAACAGAGGUGAACAGCUUUGUUGUAAACAUCAAUUAGCUGCUAGACUUGCUGCAUCUUUGGGAUCUUAUGUUGAAGUUAAGGUGUCUGAUGAGGAGCUAGCUGCGUUACUAUCCAAAAUAUAGCCUUUUCCUUGUAUAAGAAUAAUUUAUAAUUUAUUCAAUAUUGAUUCUAUGGAGCUGAACAAAUCAUUUUUAGAUUUUGUUAACAGUGAUGAUCUCAGGAGCCUCUUUGGUUGACUUUUUCUUA